AUGUCGCUGAACAACGUCAAGCUCACACAAGAUGGUCAGCCUGAUAUAGCUGAAUCCGGCGAGACGUUUACAACAGGCCCGCAUGCUGUGGAGAUCCAUCUCGUCUUGCCCCCGAGCUUUGGCUCCUCAGACCACAGCCACGACAACAGCAGCAGCAAGGGGAAGAGGAAGGGGAAGAAGAGGGUGUUGAAAGCGGAGAAGGGGAGAGUCUAUUGGGUAGCAGACCAGCAGAUCGAUUGGCGAGAGGAUCAAGAAGGCAGUUUGCCGAUGAAUUCGUUGAUGAUUCCUUUCACAAAUCUCUACUCCCAAACGUACUCCAAAGUCCUCUUCGCCCCCUCCACCCUCACCCUCGCCUACCUCCCCGGGCACUACCCCGCCGGCGUAGCGCUCUUCCCGCCUCUCGCGCCCGCCCCGCCAGACUUUGGACGGCUGAUCGAAGCUGUCAUCAAGAGUAAAGAUAAGGGGGUGUUGAUGGCGAUUAAGGAGGGGGUUGAAGUGGGGAAGGAGGAGAGUAUAAGGGGGGAGAGGAUUGGGGAGAGUUUGAGGGCGGUGAGGGAGGAGGGGUGGGGGGUUAGGAAUGGGCCUUAG